CUUCCGAAGGCGUACCGCUGACCAAUGAGUAUGCGCAUGAGAUUCUGUUUCAAAUUCGCGCAAACCGCGGGAAGUGAAGUGGAAAAUGGCGGCGAACCUUAGCAAAGUUGCUGGAAUGGGUUCGUGUAUCAACGGUCACGUAAUGCAAAACGAUAGCGCUAUGUCGGAAGAACAAAUGGGACAGGAAAAAGUGGCUAUUUUAGAUGCUGGAGCACAAUAUGGAAAGGUCAUAGAUCGAAGAGUACGAGAGCUGUGCGUGGAAACUGAAAUACUUCCUUUAGACACAUCUAUAUAUACUAUACGAGAGAGGGGCUUUAGGGCCAUCAUUAUAUCUGGGGGUCCAAGUAGUGUGUAUGCAGAGGAUGCUCCUAAGUAUGAUCCUGCUAUUUUUACCAGUGGAAUUCCAGUUUUAGGAAUAUGUUAUGGAAUGCAGAUGUUAAAUAAAGAGUUUGGUGGAACUGUGAUGAAGAAAGAUAUCAGAGAAGAUGGACAAUUCAAGGUUACCGUGGAAACAUCAUCAGCACUUUUCAGAGGAUUACAGUCUGAGCAAGAGGUGUUGUUGACACAUGGAGAUUCUAUUGACCGAGUUGCUAGUAACUUGAAAAUUAUUGCCAAGUCUGGUGACCUUGUUGCAGGUAUUGAGGAUGAAUCACGCAAGUUAUUUGGAGUGCAGUUUCACCCAGAAGUAGAUCUAACGGAGAAUGGUGUAACAAUGUUGAAAAAUUUUCUUUAUGGGGUUGUGGGAUGUUGUGGAACAUAUACUGUUGAGAGCAGAUUAGAUACAUGUAUUCAACAACUUAGAAGCAAAGUUGGCAGCAUGAAUGUAUUAGUGUUAGUCAGUGGGGGAGUGGAUUCAACAGUUUGUGCUGCUCUGCUUCACAAGGCCCUUCCUCAUGAACAAGUUGUGGCUGUGCAUGUUGAUAAUGGGUUCAUGAGAAAGAAUGAAAGUCGAGAAGUGGAGGAGUCCCUCAAAAGAUUAGGACUUAGAUUGAAAGUUGUAAAUGCUGCAUUACGGUUUUACAACAGUACAACUGUAAUAUCUGGUAGAAAAGACCAAUCAGCUGUGAAGAAACAAGUCACUAAAACCUUAAAUGUGACAGCUGACCCUGAAGAAAAGAGAAGGAUUAUAGGAGACACUUUCAUCAAGGUUGCUAACGAAGUUUGCAAGGAGUUGCAUCUUGAUGAGAGCAACACAUACCUGGCACAAGGCACCCUUCGACCUGAUCUAAUUGAAAGCGCUUCAUCAUUAGCAAGCAACAAGGCAGAGGCCAUCAAGACACACCACAAUGACACUGAUUUUGUGCGAGCUUUAAGAGCACAAGGAAGAGUUAUUGAACCAUUAGCAGAUUUUCACAAAGAUGAAGUCAGAGCUCUUGGAAAAGAACUGGGUUUACCAGCAGACAUUGUUCACAGACAUCCAUUCCCUGGUCCCGGUCUUGCUAUUCGCAUCAUUUGUGGCGAUGAGCCUUAUCAAGGAAGUGAUUUUGCUGAGACAAAUAUCAUUCUUGGACAGAUCGUGGACUUUGUUACUGCAGUUAAAAAACCACAUUCGCUGUUCAGUCGAGUCAAACUCAGUACAACAGAAGACGACAGAGAAACUCUGCAACAGAUAACAUCAAAAUACAAAAUUGGCGCCACUCUCCUUCCAAUCAAGUCAGUGGGUGUCCAGGGAGACGGACGGACAUACAGUUAUGUUGUCGCUCUAUCAAGCAACGAUUCACCCGACUGGAAAUCGCUUAUGUUUCUCGCGAAACUGAUUCCCAAAGUGUGUCAUAACAUCAACAGAGUUUGCUACACGUUCGGUAAGAGAAUCAAGUUCCAGAUACAAGAUAUCACUCCCACGUUUUUGUCACAUGGAGUAAUAAGCACUUUGAGACAGGCAGAUCACGUGGCGUACUCUGUUAUUCACAAACACGGUGUAGUGGCCAAACUCAGCCAGAUGCCCAUUGUUUUAAUACCAAUCCACUUCGACCGAGAUCCUAUUGACCACAUUCCAUCGUGCCAGCGGUCAGUUGUGAUCAGAACGUUUAUCACCAGUGACUUCAUGACUGGAAUUCCUGCUACACCGGGAAAACAAAUACCUAUCGAGGUUUUGACUGAGAUGGUUGCAUCUUUAAAAGAGGUUCAAGGCAUCUCGCGAGUUUUGUACGAUUUGACUUCAAAGCCUCCAGGAACUACAGAGUGGGAAUGAUUGAAGACGGGUCACCCAAGCAGCAGUAACUGUUAAGCAGUUACCUGCGGUUUGACAUGCAAAGGAGGCGGAAGUGUUGACCCUUACGCCUCGUUUGCAUGGCUUUGUUAAAAACAAAACUUAAUCGCAGAGUAAGCUGUAGUAACAGAUAUUUAAAGAUAAGGGACGAGCUGGCAGAGCUGUGUAAUUUAUUUGACAUGACUGUUGGCUGUGGAACGUGUAAAAAAAAAACAGCCCAAAAAGUUUGUAAUUCCACACAAAUAUCACAGCUUUACUGCGCAUUAUGGACAUUUGCAGUCACAGACGUGCACAUAAUCAAUUGAGUGGUCUACCUUCUAGCCUGUGUGUCAGUCAUUGUUUAGCCAGUCAAUCACGAAAGAAAGAUUCGCACUGACGACGGCCUUGUAAAAUCGAUGCUAGAAAGUGUCUUUUGUGAAGAUUUCGAAAUCUAUAGAUCAAUUUUUUUUUGCUGCUAAUCCUGAAAGAACAGAAUUUCGUUCGUUGAAUCCCUGCAUAUCUGACAGGUUUUGCCACUAAUUCGUUCCCAGUCGUAGGUAAACAUCGAAAUUUUCCCUACAGUAUCAAUGCUUUCUCAAGCAGACAAGUAACGAGAAGAGAGAAAAUCAUCGAGUAGACAUUUUAACAUAACACCAAAUUUCCUCAACUGUUGUUUAACGACAUUUAUAGUGAUCUGGGACAAUGAAAUAAAUACAGUCGAACCUGUCCACAACGGCCACCUUGGAAACCGAGGGAAGUGGCCGUUGUAAAGAGGUGGCCGUUAUGGGGAGGCAGUACAACAUUGUUUCCAAAAUAAAAUACUUAUUUUAAGCACAUGAAUACGUAAACAAAACUGUACAUCAGCCAAACA